CUCUAGGGUAUUUGGCACUUAACUGUUUAAGGAAAGGGCAGCAUUUGGCCCCUAUACUUCAGAUUUAACUGGACAUCAGUAUCAGCAAACAGCAAACGUUUAUAUUGCUAGUGUUAAAAAAAUAAUAAUAAGGAAUAACAAAGGCAGCAGGCACUAUGUUUGAAACAUGCAUAACCUCUGUGCCACAUUACAGCCCCACAUUGCUACGGGAAACGCAGAUAAUUGCACAAAUGAAACAACUAAAAGGCCGAAUGGGCGGAAGCCUGAGACUUUUAUGAUUGAAAGCGAUUACAGCCAAUAAAAAGCAAAAAGGGGCCUGGACCGCAAAAUACCAAGCUUCCGGGAUAAGCAAUUGGCUAAGAGACUAGAAGAGGGCUGUGCCAGCUGAGCUCCGUCCAAAAGUGAGGAUUAUUGGCAGAACAACCAGCCAAUCAGCUGAAGCCGCCCCUCAGGACCACCAUCUGCGCUCCAGCAACAAGCUGUUGGACGCCUCAGACUUUUCCCAGGCGUCUGCUGUGGGGAAUUUACCGUAGUUCGUGAGGGGGAGUGAUAGUAGUCUGUUUCUCGAGUGGGCCCCUCUUUAAGUGUCGAGAACACGGUACUCCGUAAACACUUUUUUUUAUUGUCCCGGGUGCCGUGUUGGUGAUUUACUUUGAAAGGGGUAUGGAGGAGCUGAGGCCUAGCGGUGCCCCCCUGCCUCAGGCUUUCCCGACCCUCUUCCCUCCGGGUCUGCACGCCAUAUACAGCGAGUGCCGAAGGCUCUAUCCGGAGCAGGCGAACCCUCUGCAGGUCACGGCGAUCGUGAAGUACUGGCUGGGUGGACCAGACCCCCUAGAUUAUGUGAGCAUGUACAGGAGUCUUGGCAAUCCAGCACUUGACGUCCCUGAACAUUGGCAUUAUGUCAGCUUUGGCCUGAGUGAUUUGUAUGGUGACAACAGAGUCCAUGAAUAUACAGGGAUUGAUGGUCCUAGUGGUUUUGGCUUUGAGCUUACCUUCAGAUUGAAAAGAGAGGCUGGCGAGUCUGCACCGCCGACGUGGCCAGCAGAAUUGAUGCAGGGUCUUGCAAGAUAUGUUUUCCAAUCGGAAAACACAUUUUGCAGUGGUGAUCAUGUCUCAUGGCAUAGUCCGCUAGACAACAGUGAGUCUCGAAUUCAACACAUGCUCCUGACAGAAGAUCCUCAGUUACAGCCAGUGAAGACGCCUUUUGGAGUGGUUUCAUUUUUACAGAUUGUCGGUGUAUGCACUGAGGAGUUACAUGCAGCGCAGCAAUGGAAUGGGCAGGGAAUACUAGAAAUUCUGCGAACUGUGCCAGUUGCUGGUGGCCCCUGGUUAAUAACAGAUAUGCGAAGAGGAGAGACCAUAUUUGAAAUUGAUCCACACUUGCAAGAGAGAGUUGAUAAAGGCAUUGAGAUGGAAGGCUCUAACCUAAGUGGUGUCAGUGCAAAAUGUGCAUGGGAUGACUUGAGCCGCCCACCAGAGGAUGAAGAUGAUAGUAGAAGUAUAUGCAUUGGUACACAGCCCAGACGGUUAUCUGGUAAAGACACAGAGCAAAUAAGAGAGGCUUUGCGAAGAGGUCUUGAAAUCAACAGUAAGCCUAUACUACCUCCAAUAAGUUCCCAGAGGCAAAAUGGAAUGAAUCAUGACCGGGUCCCGAGCCGUAAAGAUAGCUUGGAAAGUGAGAGUUCUGCAGCCAUUAUUCCUCAUGAAUUGGUACGCACAAGACAGCUGGAGAGCGUGCACCUCAAGUUCAACCAGGAGUCUGGAGCAUUAAUUCCACUUUGUUUAAAAGGUAGGCUCUUGCACGGAAGGCACUUUACAUAUAAAAGCAUUACUGGAGAUACAGCAAUCACAUUUGUGUCUACUGGAGUAGAAGGAGCCUUUGCUACAGAGGAGCAUCCAUAUGCAGCACAUGGACCCUGGCUACAGAUUCUCUUGACAGAGGAGUUAGUUGACAAAAUGCUGGAAGACUUAGAAGAUUUAAGCUCUCUAGAGGAAAUGAAACUACCGAAGGAAUACAGCUGGCCAGAAAAAAAGCUGAAAAUCUCAAUUCUACCCAACACAGUGUUUGAUAACCCCCUCAACUAAAGGUGGAGUAACACCAACAUUUCUGUUAGAUACAGGGACGUCACAGUGGACUUUCCCCAAAUUCAGCAGCUCAGCUUCAUCCCUGCUGGAAACCAAGCCAAAGGAAAGCAAUUACUGCACAAUCUCUGCCCCCAGAGAAGGCUGGAGUGUACAUGACAUUUCAGCCCCAUUUUAUAUUUUUAGCAGCCAGUUUCAUGUGUGUUUGGCUUCAGUUGACUACUGAGUCUUUUCAUUUAGACUCCCUUGGACUAGCAUGACCUUGUCUAAUUUGACAAGACAUGUAUUACAUUGGGUUGGGUCUGAUCAUUAAUGUUGUCUCAGAUUCUAUAUGGAUGAGUCCUGAUAAGCUGCUUCCAAAACAUAUUCGUAUGUUUGGCAUUGGCCUCCAAAUCAUCUUAUGCCAGUUGCCUUUGUGUACCCAGUGGGGCAAGUUGCACAGUGCCUAUUUUACUUCAUUUAGCCAGAUGGGUGGGGAAAGUUGUUCCAUGACUGGAAAAAAAAGUUGCUAUUUACAGUUUUGUAACUGUAGUUGUGCUGUUGUCAGUCCCUUACAUAGCAGUCAUUAUGGCUGGACCCAGAUUAAAUCUGGGAGGCACCCUUUGGACCCUAGAGUUGGUAUAAUAUUCACUCCAUAUUGCCUUUUUUAAUUGAUAUUGUCUUGUGUAAUAAAGUAGAUAAUGGAGCCCCAUAAUACACAGCACAGGGACCCAUUCUUGGUCAUGACCCAUAGGUUAAGAAUUCCUGCCUUAUGGUAAUGAUUAUUGCAGUUUUAUGCCAUUCCUAUUGAGAAGCUGGUUUAUAUAUUUAUAGCAGUGCUUGAACACUGACAUUCUUAAAGGAGAAGUAAAGGUAUAAGCACUGGGGUAUUUUAAUUAUCCUAAUUACAUUCAAACUUUUGCCUUACCUUGUGGUACUGUCCGCUUGGCAUAAGAUGAGAAGAGGGGACACUGCUGUUGACAAAGACAUAGCUUCAUAGCAGCAACAAGCUAGAUAGGCUUUCUCAUGUAUAUUUAUUGUACUUUUGUAGCAGUCAGGGCUUCAAAAAAAAUUCUGAAACCAACCGUGGUUAUACUUGUAGACCACUUUUUAGUGUCAAGGGUAAGACUUGGCAAUGUUCAACCAAUUUUGGUACAGCUGCUACAAGAAUCUGCUCUGUAUGUAUUCACUUUACUCUGGGUGACGGCAGUUUGGAGAUGAUUAUAUGAUCAUUUCUAUGGUGUUGCAACCGGGCUUGUAAUCUGGCACCAAGGGUGUUUAUGGGCCCAAAUAACUAUCCUUUUACAAUACUAUAGACAAUGAGUGAGGGUAAUGGGCCUCCAGCUGGGGCCCCCUGAAUCUGACUUUGUGCCCAGUAUCAUGUGUUCUGGGGACAGCGACCAAGCACCGUGUAACUGCUAAACCAUUGCCACAGGCUGAUAGGACUUUCAGCGUAACCAGCUGAUUCAUUUUAUUAUACUAUGCGUUUUUAUUUUCAAACAGAAACUAAACCUUUUGAAUUUCUGAAGCCAGUUUAAAAUCAGAUUGUUCUUUUCCUCACACCCCAAACCUUAACCUUCCAACACUAUAUUGUGCACAUUUUGUGGAAUAACGAUUGGAUGUUUAAUCCAGGAACAAAUAUCACGUCUCACACACGACAAAUGACAACGGUAGGCUUACAUAUUGACUUUAGACACUCAGCUGGCUGAUUGUAGAGAUGUUCUCUUUCUGUACAAUGUUUCCUUUGUUUGUGUGAAAGAACCCAUGGACACUGUUCAAGCCACAGUGACAGUAAAGUUAAUCCUAUUUCUAACUAAUGGAGCAGUGCCGUUCUAUAACCCAACUGUACGUCUGCUGGUUUCUCCUGAGGUGACAGCCAGGUCUUUAUUUUUAGGCUGAGGGAUAUCGGAUCCUGCAGAUGCAGUUGCUGCAUUAUAUAGAAGUGCAAUUUUAUUGCUGUCGUUUUGAGUCACUUGAUUCUAAGACCUUCUAUAAUGUACUUUCAUGUCAAGAUUGCUUAAAACAUAGAACCAUUUUAUGUCAAAGUGGUGUCGUAUUGAUUUUUAGGAAUCACCGUUUUAGCAGUAUUUGCAUUUGGGGUUAAAGAAGUUGUUUACCUUUAAGUAUAGUGUUAACAAUUUGCGACUAGUCUCUUUUUUUCUAAUUUAGUUUCUGUUUAGCAGUUUGUAAUUUCUGAAGCUAUCUAGUUGCUAGCAUCCAGUGUGCCCUAGCAACCAGGCAUUGAUUUGAAUGAAAGGCUGAAAGGUGAAGUAAUAAAGUGUAACAAUAAAACUGUAGCCUCGCUGAGCAUUAACUGCUGACUGGGUCAAAAACUGAAAAAUGUACCCAAAUUUUAGCCCAAUUUGCUAAAAUAGGCCAUUCUACAACAAACUAAAAAUGUACUUAAAGGUGAACUACCCCCUUAACCCAAAAUAACUUUUUUUUGUUACUUCUUGGUUGAUGUCACAGUCACUUGUGAAUCUGCUGGGCAUACAGUGCACAUUCCAGUUCCAGUAUUACAGUACAAUGGACAUUGUUCCCAUCCAGUAUUACUGUGUUUAUGGGCCUCUGUUGCUUGAGGAAAUCUUUUUGUGCCCUUUCUGUUCGCUACAUUAUUUCCCCCUCCAGCUCUUGCUCCGGAUAUCUGUGAAUUCCUUGUCUGCACCAACAGCCCUCUCUAGCGUUCUGUUUGGUUUGCAAUGGGAUCCGGGUCAAUGAGACUGUCGUUUGCACUGAAUGCUGCCUGUUUGCUGUUACAGCCAUAGAAGCGUUCCAUGCUUUCUUGCCCAUUGUGUGCGUGGGUGUAAACAGGGGUAACAUGGCACAUAUAGUAAAUUAAUUGUGUAAAUGACCUUUCCAACAUGCUGAGUCUUUUAGCUCCCAGCCAAGUUAUUGGUUUUCUUAAUGGGGUCUUAGGGAGACUACUGCAUCAGUGCAGCAAUGCCGCUGUUCAAAUUGGGUAAUUUUAAACCAGAUUUUGGGUGGCUAGGCCAUCAGAACGGGCUGUAUAUACUGGCCAAUAAGCUGCCUACUUGGUCUGGGGUUGGUGGUUUUUGUUGGUCUAUAUACAGCCACCUUUACGCAGGUCACAGAUGAUUGCACCAACUGCCCCUUAGCCGUGUAUCACUUGUACACACUAACACAAAUGCGCAUACACACACACACACACACACACACACACACCUGGUUUGGUUGCACAUAGUGUUUUUAGGGUAUUUAUUAAAAAAAAAAGUUGUGCAAGUCCCUAAAGAGCAACACAAGUGUUCAUGGGUUUCACCUUGUUGAAUAAUGUCACCUAAUUUAAAGUCCUAGGAAACUUUUUUUUCGUUUGAUUCUAUUUUGUAACUUAAUGUUUUUUUUUUUUUUAUUAUUGACCUCAUUUCUUUUCCAUAAACUGAAAAGUGAAGCUUUUGUUUUUAAUAUUGUAAUAUUUUAUGUAGCCUUUAAUGUAAAUUUCUACACUAUUUUGCAGGUAGGUGGUGAGAUUACAAAUGACUCUGUGAAUCACUAAAUCUUCUCUCCUGUAUUCUUACUGCAUUAAAAUAUAUUUUUUAAAAUAAAAGACCCAUGUCCUUA